AUGGAUUUGUUUGAUAGUGACGAUGAUACAAGUAGUUUCUGCAUGGAUGAAGUUCAGGUUCACAAAGAUGUUAUGUUGGAUCAAUCCCUUGAUGCUCUUAUAUUUGAGUUGGGAACUCUAGAGAAGUUUGCUGCCGAAGCCAAAGGGUGUGCUUAUGGAUCAGUGGAAGAAGGAAGUGUGUCUCAGGAGGCAUUGAUAAACAUGCAUGGCUUGAAAGCUAAAGUCACUAAUCAAGCUAGAGACCUCUCUGUUGAGGCAGGUGGUAAAGGUUCAGCUAAGAAAGAUCUCAACGCCCAACGAAAUUUGUUCAGAGAUCUUGUUGUAUUUCUUGAGGGUGGAUACGCACCUGAAACAUCUACAAAGGUCGGAGGGGACUCUUUACAGACAAGAACGUGGUAUCAGAUGUUACAAUUCAAUUGUUUGAAGCAUUUCCUUGGGGGUGGUUUAAUCAAGCAUAUGCAGGAGAAUGAAUUCCUUCAUGAUGUAUUUAGUUUCACUCCAAAGAAGAUUGGUGCCACUAUUAUGUCUAGUGACGAAAAGAGGUUUUUUAAAUCACCUAACUCAGCUCUCAACAAAGCAAGGACGCGAUUCAUGAACGAACAGAGGAUGUUAACUAUGAUUGCGGAAUCUGAACGUUGGGCAUUAUGCAGCGAUGGUGGAGAAUGA